CUUCAUUGUUCCUCGCUUCGUUCGCAUUCAGUUCUUGACCGACCAACCGGCUUGCCGGCGACGAAGCACCUGCAUGUCCGGACACUCCGGUUGCAACUGCCAAUGGCCUGGCACGGUGCCUGGCAAUCUGUAACUCUUUUCCUGUCACUCCAAUCAAUCUCAACCACCACCGUUCUUCCAUUCCCCUGUUGGAUUGACCACAGGCCACACAGCUCCCCGCUUUGGGCUUUCUCCCUUGCGGCUUUCAAGGCUGUCGACAACUCGACGACAGGUAUCAGAUAUCGCCAACAAGGCAAACAUAAUGUGUUGGCGUUGGGCUGAUAGUACUGUGUAUUUAUCUGCCCAAUUUCAUCAAGUGAAGGAAAUUGUCAGAUUCUAGUACACCACUUCGCCAACCAGCCAAAUGAUGUGUUGGAGUACAUAGUAACCAGCCAGCCAACCUGACAUUAUGACAGAAAUGGUCAAUGAUAUCGGCAUCCAUCACAUGUCAACCCCAAGCGAGCCAAGUCGUGACGAACGUUGAGAACACAAUUCGAGACAUCGCUUAGGACAGUCGAACAGCCAACACCAGGUGGCCGGGCUUCCAAAAACCAAUUGGAUUUACCUUUACAGGUUUCAACUUGGUAUAGAUCGCCUAGAAACACCGGACCUCAUACAAGACAAGAGUCAUGGAAGAAACAGCCGGAGAAGAGGUCACCUAUAAGGGGGGAAAACAACCCACAAGACUUCAGCCAUGCUGAGGGUUGGCAACGGGUGUCAGAAGUGAAGUGGGUGCAGAGGCCGAUAUGGGACGUCAUCACGAGGUUUGUUCUCCUAGUCAUUGUUUUUUUUUUUUGUCUUUUUUUGUGUCUUUUUUUGUGUCUCUUUUUCCUCUUUGCAAAGAGCGUUCAGCUCAUCGAAGCCUUCUUCGCCUGAGAUGUUGAACUGUGGGGAGGGAUGUCAAUGGUAGUGUAUGUCGGGUGCUGAGGAAAGCGAAAGUGAAAGUAACGAGGGCCAGUCACAACUGCUCGUUUGACGAUGCCGUUACUGUAACACCGCAAAGCGAAAGACUACACAGGACACUUAAACUGGACCAUUACUGUCAUUCAAGUCUAAGCCAAUGGAUUCUUCUACAUAGGCU